AUGACAUCCUUUGCGAGACGUUUCACGCGCCGGGGUACCACCAAUGGCACUGCAGAUGGUAUCCCUUCUCCUCCUGUUCCAGACUCCCCGCCUUCUGAGCCAGAGGAUGAUAGCACUACCGUCCCCAUCAACCAGACGGAAUAUGCUCGAAGAUGUCGGGAGGUCAUGGAGCUGUACCGUGCUCUUCAGGAGCUAGGUCUUCUGCGAUGCAGUGCGGAUCGGUUGUUCCCAACGUUGCCUAAGAUCGUAGUCAUCGGCGGUCAAUCCACCGGGAAGAGUUCGCUGGUAGAAGCGGUCUCUGGAAUCAACGUACCCCGGGACAGCGGCACUUGUACCAGGUGCCCUAUGGAAUGUAUAAUGCUCAGUUCAUCGCUAACCUGGUCGUGCACGAUUUACCUCAACUUCAAGUAUGCGUCAGACGGGAGCAAACUCGACAUCUCGGACAGAGUGCAGUUUGGGCCAGUCAUCAAGAACAGGGACAUGGUCGAACUAUGGAUCCGGCGGGCGCAAGCUGCGAUUUUGUGCCGUCAUCGUCCCAAGGAGGAUUUCAUGAGCAUGAGUACGGUGGACCUCCGUAAUCUUACUACGACCGACUCGGAGAUCCUACCGUUCUCGAGGAAUUUCGUCCAGGUCGAGUUAAGAGAUCCGGACUUGACAGAUCUAUCCUUUGUUGAUCUCCCAGGCAAGGCGGUCUUAUCUUUCAAUUUAUGCAUCAUACACAAUGCUGAAGAAGAAAUUAUCAAUCUCGUUCAUGACUUGGUGGUUUCCUAUAUCGAAGAAUCGGAGAAUACUAUUGUUCUCAUAACCAUUCCUAUGAGUGAUGAUAUUGAGAUGCAAGCAGCGGUGAAACUUGCAAAGGCUCGGGAUCCCAAUGGUGAUCGCACAAUCGGAGUAUUGACCAAGCCAGACAUGCUCACAACAGGCGCCUCCGGUGCGCGUCAAAAAUGGAGAGAGAUUAUUCUUGGACAAGAUCAAAAACAUAGGCUCAAACAUGGGUACUACUGUGUUCGUCUCCCGGACGACGAUGAGCGUAGGCGCAAUAUCUCCAGAGAGGAAUCCCAGGCGAAGGCCAAACGAUAUUUCGAGCGUACCUCCCCAUGGAAGGAGUUUCCGAACCGCAGCCGUUUCGGCAUACCUGCACUUGUGCAUGAUAUAAGCCGACUUUUGGUCGGGCUAAUCGAAAAUUACAUACCGACCCUAAAGCAAAGCGUCGACGAACUCCUUGCUACUGACAAGGCGGAAUAUAGUACCCUUCCUCCACUACCGCCCACCGACGAGGCGUGGUCCCGGAUUAUCAUCCUCAUCCAUCAGUUCUGCGUCGAUGUCAAAGCGGCCGUCGAGGGCAAAGAAGAACACAAGGGUCUCGUACAGCGCAACCGCGCUAGGUACGGGCAGUUCAAGCGCGACAUUCUCGGGACGUGCCCAAACUUCCGGCCGUUCGAGGAUAAGACUCGAUAUCUAGAUCCGUGUAUCCAGGACGAACAAUUCGAGGGGAAGGACAACCCGUACGUGCAUAUGGCUGCGUCCGAGUACAUAAUGGAUAUCAAGGAUGUGAGGAGAGAGAUUGAGAACUGCACUUCGUGGGAACUUCCUGGUGAAGUUCCGCUGGAAACAACGCGGAAACUCAUUGAACUCUUUACGAAGAAGUGGUCCAAUCCUUCUAUGCAGUGCUUCGACGAGUCACGACGUGUUCGACACGUCGACGGUUUCAAGCCCCUGGAGACGCGCAUUAGAGCACUUGUGCGGGCCCAGAUGGAGAUGUGCAAGAGCGAGGCACUCGUCAUACUCGGAAAGGCCGUGAAAUUGGAGACGUCGCCGGUCUAUACUCAAGUCCCACAAUACUCGAUGGAGCGCUCUAAGUGGUUCAAGCGAUUUUAUAGUGUCUAUACAAAUCCUAAUAGGCAUUGGGACUACAUUGCAAAUCCAUCCCUACUUCCUCCAGUUCGCGAGGCGACAGAAGACGAAGAAGCGCUGCUCGUGAUGGCCAAGGUCAGAGAAUACUUUGAGAUAGCGUACAAGCGAUUUAUUGAUAAUAUUCCGCUUACUAUUGAGCAUGAACUGCAUCAAACUCUACUACCUCGCUUGUCGGAGAGUCUUAUCAAGGAUAUGGGAGGGCAGAAUGCCAGCGAGAGGGCUAAGGAGCUGCUGACAGAGGAUCCGGAAAUCGCAAUGAGGAGGAAUGUCCUACAAGAGAGAAUCGCAAGACUGGAGGAGAUCAAGAGGAGGCUCUAUGCUUUUAGCUUCAAUGUUGCCAUGUCUUGGCUACUAAAGAAAUUUCUGAAAUGUAGUUCUGACCGGUCUCUCCAGCUGGAUCAUGAUGCUGCGUUCUCGGUCCGGGGCGAGAUCACGAGACCCGCCUUCAUGUCCUGGCUGAUUCCCAGAGAGAGUAUGACGGCUGCGGCUCCCAGCGGGCGGGCGUACCCCUGCGCUCCCCCGCUAGGCGAGAAGGCGGUGUCGUUGGAGGCGGUGCUGGUGCUGGAUGAGAUGGAGAAUAGCUGGGCGAGAGCGACGCCGGUGGAGGCUAGGACGAGGGAGGUCCGGACGUAUGCGAGGAAGGUCCGCUCAGAGGCGAGGUGGUCUCGUGCGACAGAGCCGUUGUUCUCUAGCGUCGGGCUGAUACGCAUGGCAAAGAGCAAAUAG